AAAUGUCAUUGUGCGGGUUUUUUUCUGUCACGCCACCAUUUCUCUAGCAAUAUAUCAGUUCUUAAACGUUUGCACGCAAAUAAUAUGUAUAAAAUUGAAUUGUAGAGAGAAAAGGCAUAAACAUUCAAUGGAAAUGACUCAAAAUAGCGUCUUACCGCGUUUAUUUGGCAAAAUUACAUUAACGCUUGAGAAUUGUUUACUAUCCGAUAAUAAAUUGCAAGAAACACCAUCACAGCAAGAUGGUUUGGAUAAAGAGACUGAAACUGAUUUGCGAAUCCUUGGUUGCGAGCUGAUUCAAAUUUCGGGAAUACUCCUAAAGCUGCCACAGGUGGCCAUGGCUACGGGUCAAGUAUUGUUCCAGCGGUUCUACUACUCAAAAUCGUACCUUCGGCAUAAUAUGGAGACAACAGCAAUGUGUUGCAUAUACUUGGCUUCGAAAAUUGAGGAAGCACCACGUCGGAUCAGAGAUGUAAUCAAUGUAUUCCAUCAUAUCAAACAAGUUCGCGGUCAAAAACCUAUACAUCCAAUGAUUUUGGAUGCAUCUUACAUUGCAUUGAAAACACAAGUAAUAAAAGCGGAGCGUCGCGUUUUAAAGGAGCUUGGAUUCUGUGUGCAUAUUAAACAUCCCCACAAGCUCAUUGUCAUGUAUUUACAAGUGCUUGGAUACGAGCAGAAUCAGCGUCUCAUGCAAAUGGCUUGGAAUUUCAUGAACGAUUCCUUACGUACGGAUGUAUUUGUGCGAUACAACCCCGAAUCGAUUGCUUGCGCGUGUAUCUAUUUGACUGCACGCAAGAUCAACUUACCGUUACCCAAUAAUCCCACGUGGUUUGGUGUAUUUAACGUCAGUGAAAAUGAUAUUCUGGACAUAUCCUACAAAAUCAUGGACUUGUACCGUCGUGCUAAACCAAAUGCAGAAGCACUUGAACAAACUGUUGAGAAGAUUCGAAAGGUGUUUGAGGAAAAGAAAAACAAGAAUAAAACCGGGCAAAACACGCCACCGCUUACAGUAUCGGUGGAUCGAAAUGACAAAUCGCAUAAUGCCUGGGGCGGGUUCAUUUCACGUGCUCCUACAAAUAAUGAGAAUAAUGCUGACAUCGAAAAACAACCAAUUAAGAUAGAUAGCCAAUCAAAUGUUCGACCGAUCCACACGGAAUCCGUCCCUCCGACCAGUCAACCGCUGCAUCACAAUGAUUCGUCUAACAACGACAAUACAAAAACGACUUCAAGAUUGUCACGAGAUCAACAAGGUGGAAGAAGGUCUCCGUCAAGGUCCUCCCGUUCAAAGUCCAAUUCCCGAUCACCCAACGAUAGACGGAAAAAAAUGCGGAACAGAUCUCGCUCUCGUAGCAGAACAAAUGAAAAGCAUAAGGGAAAGAAGUCUAGGGACAAUGGAGACAAAAAACAUCAUUCAUCAUCCGACAAACACCGGGAAUACAGGGACCGAGAGCGGAGAGAUAGAGACCGUAGUAGGGAAAAUCGUUAUUCAAACAGGGGUCAUCGAGAUGAUCAUCGAGACCGGUUCCGCGAUCGGAAACGAUAAUCUAUUCUGAAAAUUCACCGGUAUUAUGUCAAGAGGAGCAAAAACCUACAAAAAUUUCAAACUAAAACAACCAAUAAAGAUUCAUUAUUGUCAAAAUGUUUGCAUUAUUAUCAAUGCCAACUAUUAUGUUAUCCUUCGAGCUAUUUUGAGUUGCUGUAUACACUCAACAAAAUUUUGACAUCGCCGAUGUCGUUUGUACAUGGAUCAUAUUAUUUUACACGGCAUAUAAGGUAAAUGCUUUGAUGUUAUCGGGGUUUUUAUGCACGUUCCAAUAAAAUAUCUUCUUAGUUGUACACAUAUAUUCAAUGACGUUACAUCAAAGUGUCUUUUAUGAAAUUUAAAUACAGUUUAGCUUUUAAAGCAAUUUCUAGUAAAUUAAAA